CGAAGUCGAGUAAAUGAUUGAAAAAGUAAUGUCAUAAUACUAAUAAAUUCCAAAUAUGCCUGAAGUAGAUAUAGAAUGGCCUUGGCAAUAUAAUUUUCCACCCUUUUUCACGUUACAACCUCAUCCUGAGACUAGAGCUAAACAAGUAACGGCGUGGAAAUCAUUAAUAUUGAACUAUUGUGAAAAAACCAAAACGUAUACUAUAGAUGUAAGAGAAACAAACCAGAAUCCUCUAUUCAAUAACACCACAAUAAAUAGAAAGCUAGAACAGAACGUUAUAAUAUCAAUUUUGAGCGAAUUACAAAAAAGCGGUAACGCAGCCCCCGUCGAUAAAUCCAAAAAUAGAUGGGAAAUAUAUUGGCACACAUUAGAAGAAUGGGCCAGUAUAAUAUACGAUUCUAUUUGCGAUAGAGGUAUGCAGAAUACUGUAGUGACUUUCUAUGAACUUACACAAGGAGAUGAUGUUACAGAUCUCAUCUUUUUCGGGAUGAAUCAGGAUGUACUUAUUAAAGCUUUAAAGGUUCUGGAGAAUGAAAGAAAAUGUGAACUAAUCUUGGAAGAUGAUAUUCAAGGAGCAAAAUUUUUUUAAAUGUAUAUGUAUAAUUCAAAUAAAUAAUUAAUAUAC